UAUUGUCACAAUAAUUUCGUACCUGUGUUCAUCUGAAAGUUUGAUAUUAAGUCUGAUAUUAGGUCCAUCAAAUUCUGAGCCGCUUCAUCUUUCGAUUUCAAUAACUUGACUACUGUGAAAUAAUACACAGUGAGGAAUAUACAUUAAGAACACACAGUACGGAUAUAAAUAGCCAAAAAUGAUCAAGGAUUUUGUUAUCCCUGUAAACAAAGAUGAGCUGUUGCAAAGGCAAAUUGGAAAAUAUAAUGUUAAACAAAUUGUUCCAGUAGGUGUAAUUCCGCAAGCUCUUGAUGAAGCAAGAACAGCGCUUCAAACCAGUGGAAUUAGUUUUAUUUUUGAACAUUUUGAUACAUUUUUUUCUAUAAUUGUUCAUAGAAAUAAAAUUGAAUUGCCAAUUGUUAUUCGUGGUUUUUGUAGAAUUCAUAAAGCAUUAGAAAUAUUGGUUGUGGACAUGGAAAGUAUAUUUGAAAAGCAGACUGCAUUAAACGAAGAGGAGAGAUUGAAAUUUAUAAAUGUGACUAAAAUGGUUGCAUAUUUGUUUUCAUUGUUUGUUUGCUAUAUAAAUGAUGAAAUUCUUAAAGAUGGAAGUGAUAAACUUAGUGGAAAGCGUAAGAAAAGCACUAGAUCUGAUACGGAAGAAGAAUGGGAAUAUACUAGAGAGAAAGCAUUAGAAUAUGUUUAUAGAUUAUUACAAUUACCGUUACAAAAACUUUGGCAACCUCCUAUUGUUGAAGACUCAUUCACCGAAAUACUCACUAAAGUGUGUUAUAAAAUGAUAGAACAGUGUACAGAUUCCAAACAAAAACAUCUAAGACAAACUAUUUUUGAGAUUUUAGGUACUUCGGUUAAGAGAUAUCAUCAUGGAAUAAGCUGUGUAGUAAGAAUGGUUCAGUUGGUGAAAUUACGUGAUGUGUUAGCAUCACAUAUAGGAAUUGGAGUGGUACAUAUGAUUGAUGAAUGUGGUUGUAAUGGUUUAUUAAGGGAAAUAAUAAAAGAAAUUGAUCAAAGCGAACCAUCCGAAAGUGACUGUCGUAAUAUUUCAGUAUUUCUUGAAACCAUUGCCACUGCUAAACCAAAUCUUAUAAUUCCUAUUCUUGAUGAUAUAGUAGAUUAUCUGUCUAGUGAACAUUACACUAUGAGAAUUUGCAUUAUUAACAUCUUAGGAGUAAUUGUAGAAAAAAUAUUAACCGGAGAUGAGCUUACGCAAGAACAGAAAAAUCAGCGUGAUGAAUGCCUCAAUAUUUUAGAAGAACAUAUUCUAGAUGUUAAUGCUUAUGUACGGUCAAAGGUUUUACAAAUUUGGCAACAUUUAUGUUGUGAAGGAGCAAUUCCUUUAGCAAAGCAAGGAAAGCUUUUAGCUGCUGCGGCAUUACGAUUAGAAGAUAAAAGUACAAUUGUACGGAAACAAGCUUUGCAGCUGAUACGUGCGUUAGUUCAAGGCAACCCUUUUGCAGCUAAAUUAAACAAAGUAGAGAUUUCUAAAUCGUUAGAGAAAGAAGAAAUAACGCUAAGAAAGCUACAAGCUGAAACUGUUAGUAGAAGUACUCGUGGUGAUAGUCAGAGAUUAGAAUUAUGGAAUGCUUUGCUUCCGAAAAUAAGAGAAGCAUUAAAAGAAGUUAUUAAUGGCACGAAAGCGGGGAGCGACAAACGAGAUCUAGAGGAUGAAGAUGAAGAAAAUAUUGAUAUUGACCCUAAUACAUCGUUUGAACACAUCAGACAAUUAAUGUUAAAAGAAAAAAUUCUGGAAGCAGUACAAUUUUUGUGGAAGGUUUGUAUUAAAUUGAAGGAAAGUCCAGAAAUUGAAAAUUUUUCUGCCGAAGCAAAAGAAGAAUGUUUGCUUUUACUUUUAUUGAAAACAUUUAUGGAAUCAGAAAAUGGUCCAGAUAAUGUACAAGAAAAUGCUGAUAACAGAAAAUCAUUAGAUAAAGAUAAAGAAAAUAUAGUAGGAGCAAAACGCGUUGUAAAUUAUUUAAAGCAUUGCUUAGAAUUUGCCACUGAAUUAGAAACGGCUAUACCUAUGGCAGAAAAAUUACUUUUUUCUGAAACUGCAAGCGAUGCUGUUGAAGCAUGUACUUUACUUGGAACUGCUUAUCAGUUUGGUGUAGUAGGAGCUACAACCGCUAUACGCGAUGCUCUGUAUCAAGUAUUUCACCGUGAUCCAUCGGUACGCAAUAAUAUUGCAGAGGUGUAUAAAAGUAUUUACUUAGUUAAUAAUGAAAGUCAAAAAGCAGAGCGACAAAAAGCUCUAACAUGUGUUAAAGCAUUGAUUGAAUUGUUAAAAUCACUUCAACCUAAUCAAAGUCCAGCUUUAACUCAGCUAGUUUUAACGUGGUACAAUAAUAAUGAUAUAAAUAGUGAAUUACUACAGGUAUUGUGGGAGAAGUUUUCAAUGAAGUCCUCAGACACAAAUCCAUUAGAUAGUAGGACAGCAUUGAUGUUAAUAUCAAUGAUUGCCCAGGCUGAAAGCAAUAUUAUAACAGGAAAUUUGGAAGUAUUGAUAAAAGUAGGAUUAGGACCACGAGCAAAAACUGAUCUGUUAUUAGCUAGAGAUACCUGUCGAGCAUUGUUAAAAAUAAAACACAAAAAUGAUGAUAUUGAAAAACCUCCUGUGAGGUAUCCAAAUGACCAUGAAAUAUUUACAAAAAUUCUUACACUACUGACAGAAAACUUUACUAAUAUGGAAGAAGACGGAUAUGUUUCAUUUGCGACAGAUGCAAUUAGUACCAUUUACCAUUUAGCUAAUCAACCCGAGCAUUUAAUAAAGAAAUUAUUGUUAGAAGUGUAUAAACGAGGACAAUUUGACAGUGAGUUGCCUGUUCCAUUUCUUCUGUUAGCUAAACUGUUAUAUGUAGUCGGGCACAUUGCAAUUAGAGAAAUGGUACAUUUAGACACAUCAGUUUACAAAGAAUUAAAGCGAAGAGAUGUUAUACGACAAUUACGAAAAGAAAAGAAUUCAAAUAAAAAAAGAAAAGAAUUUGAUCGAUCUCGGAAAUCCAUUUCAACGACCACCCCAAACAGUGCAAGACAAAUGAUUCGGAAUAAAGAGACAACUAUCACCGAAGAUAAUGGAGAAGAGGCUGUUGAAGGCGCGGUAGAAGAUGCGGAUGCAGAAUUUAUAAAUGAUGUUCUUGAAAAUCACGUUGUAACUGGUGAUGGACUUUUAUCAAAAUUUGUGCCAUUGGUAUUAGAUGUGUGUCGAUAUCCUGAUAAAUAUAAUAGUGAAGAUCUACAAGCCGCUGGUGCCCUUGCCCUUAGCAAAAUGAUGCUAGUAAGUUCCAUUUUUUGCGAAGAGUCAUUGCAGCUGUUAAUUACGAUCUUAGAACGUUCACCCUACCCUAAUAUUCGGGCUAAUGUUCUUAUUGGAAUAAGUGAUCUAACAACUAGAUUUCCAAAUCAAAUUUUACCAUGGAUGAAACACGUUUACGGCAGACUUCGGGAUGAACAUAUAACCGUACGAAGGUCGUGUUUUCGAAUUUUAUCAAGUCUUAUACUGAGAGAAAUGUUGCGUGUGAGAGGGCAGAUAUCAGAAUUAGCUGUGUGCAUUGUUGACCAUGACAAACAACUCCGAAAUGAUGCGAGGCAAUUUUUUAAAGUACUUUCACAAAAAGGCAACGUAUUAUACAACCUGAUGCCUGAUUUAUUAUCUCAUUUAACCGACUCUGAAUUAAAUUUGAACGAAGCUGAUUUUCACGAAAUUUUAAAGAUAAUUUUGAAUUUACUACAAAAGGAAAAACAUGUUGAUUCUAUAAUUGAUAAGAUUUGUGCUAGGUUUAAACUAGCAACUACAGAAAGACAGUGGCGUGACUUUGCAUAUUGUCUUUCACUUUUACAGUUUAGUGCAAAAAGUUUACGUCGUCUUAUUGAAAGUUUGCCUCUACUAAAGGAAAAGAUUCAUCACAAUCAAGUUUCAAAAGCAUUGCAAUCUAUUAUAGAGCAGACAAAGAAAAACCCAAAUACAAAAGCGAUUUCCGUAGAACUGGAAGAAAAAAUGAAGGAACUUUUACAAAAAACAGAGAAUUCAACACAGAAUGAUAACGAAAUGAUGCCACCACCACAGUUGAUACCGAAAGCAAGAAAGCGUAGUCGACGAACAACUUCAAAACGUAAAAGUAGGGGUAAAAAAGGAGAUGAUGAUGAAGAAGAACAAGAAGAAGAAGAAGAAGAAGAAGAAAAUGAUGAUAACGAUGAUGGUGAUGAUCAAACGGAUAACGAUUCAAGCAUAUCUGCAACACCAAAAGGUAAGAAAAAAGAAAAAUCGCAUGAACUUCAAUCAAGUCCUGGUUCUGAUGAAUCAAUCGAAUCUCAAAGACGAUCUAUUGUAAAUCCAUCUACGUCAAGUUUAAGAAGAUCAAUCCGAAACAAGGGUCACAAUUUAUCAUCGCCGCGUCCGAAGAAAAAUAAAAAGGCUGUAACACCAGUAUGUUCUCCAAAAAGAUCUUCAGCACGGUUAUCGCACUCAUGAAACAAGGAAUUAGAUUUGUAAAUAUUGUAUACUUAUACAUAUGUACAUGUUUGCAUAACUAAUGUACAAUUUUUUACUUUUUUAAAAAUUAUACUAAGGAUAAAAAUUAGCAAUUAAUUAUCAGAACCGUGGAAAAAUUUUACAAAUGAUCAAGUAAAUAUC